UGAUACCCGAACAUAGUACUCUGACCAUUAAGAUGCGACUUUUAUUGCCGCCAGGAUUUCAUAGCGUCAAAAAGCAGAACGUAGCGCUGGACCAAGACAGAAAUGGAGACCUAUUCGUUAUCAACAGCACGCUAUUGGCAUUGACAAAGAUUGAUGAACAGGGAACACGGGAUUUGUUUGUUGCCGCCGACGACACCUUAUUGUAU